GCAAAAUGAUCUUGUGGAUGAGCUGAUCACAAAAGAAAAGACCAUGAAGCUUACAAAACUCAAAAUAAAUUUCAUUUUUCAAGUUUAAGCCACUUUCUUGGAAAGCUCCAUGGAUUUUAAAUCACUGAAUCUGAUUGCUUUACCAGAAACAAUUCAAAAUCCAGUCGGUGUUACUUAUUUAACUUGGUUACUUACACUAAAGGGCAUCUGCAAUUUUUUGUUAAUAUUCUAAGUUGCCCCUGAAUUAUAUAACUACAGAUUCUGAACUGAAAAAAAUCAGUUGAGGAAGAAAGGGUAAUCAAAAGAGUAAAGAGAGAAUUAAUGGCAGAGAGUGCGGUGAAGUUUCUGCUCGAAAAAGUUGCGCCCCUUUUCGAAAAUGAUCUGCAACUUUUGAAAGGGGUUAGGGAAGAAAUUCUGUAUCUGAGAGGGGAACUGGAGCGCAUGACUGCUUUCCUGAGAAUUGCUGAUGCAUUUGAAGAGAAUGAUGCGGAAGUCAAAGUAUGGAUAAAGCAAGUUAGAGACAUUGCUCACGACAGCGAAGAUGUUCUUGAUGAAUUUACACUUCUCCAGGCACAUGAUCAUGGGGAGGGAUUAUAUGGUUCCAUUCAUAGGUUUUCUUGCUGCAUUAAGAACACAAAAGCUCGAUACCGAGUUGCUUCUGAGUUACAAGGCAUCAACUCAAGAAUCAGAAAAAUCUCAGAGGUUCAUAAGAGACUGCGCCACAAAUUCAAUAUGGCUGAACAAGGUUCAGGCUCUUCAACUGCAGGCCACAUGUGGGAGGACCACCGAGGGGAUGCUCUACUUUUAGAGAAAACUGAUAUAGUGGGCAUUGACGAACCUAUAAAGCAGCUUGUAGGGUGGCUUCUCACCGGUGGUUCUGGUCGCGAAGUAGUCUCUGUGGCUGGCAUGGGAGGACUGGGGAAGACUACCUUAGUCAAGCAAGUCUACGAUGCUGCAGAAGUAAAGAAGCAUUUCAAAGUACAUGCUUGGAUCACUGUUACUCAGUCUUUCAAAUUAGGGGAACUCCUCAAAGACAUGCUUCAACAACUCCACAAAGCCAUCCGAAGGCCACUUCCACAAGGAACCAACAACAUGAAUAACAAUCAGUUGAAAACAUUGAUCAAAGAUUUCCUACAGAAAAGGAGGUAUCUUAUUGUUUUAGAUGAUGUAUGGCACUUGCACGGAUGGGAUUCUGUGAAAUAUGCUUUGCCUAACAAUAUAUGUGGCAGCCGAAUCAUACUAACUACCCGAAAUGCCGAUAUAGCCUCUACAACCAGCGUAGAAUCCGGAGGCAAAGUUUAUAAUAUGAAGCCUUUACCCCAGUUGGAGUCUUGGGAGCUUCUGUGCAAGAAGACAUUCCAGGGGAGUUCAUGCCCUCCUUAUUUAGAGGAGAUUGGUAAUUGUAUUUUAAGAAAGUGCGAGGGGCUGCCCCUUGCAAUUGUAGCAGUCAGUGGUGUUUUGGCUACCAAAGACAAGCGCAGGAUUGAUGAGUGGGAUAUGGUUGGCCAUAGCCUAGGGGCUGAAAUUGAGGGGAACGACAAACUGAAGGACUUGAAAAAAGUACUUUCACUCAGUUUUAAUGAUUUGCCUUACUAUCUAAAGUCUUGUUUUUUGUACCUGAGUAUCUUUCCUGAGGAUCAUCUAAUUGAGCAUAUGAGACUUGUUCGAUUAUGGAUGGCGGAGGGCUUCAUCGAAGCAAAAGAAGGAAAAACACUGGAAGAUGUUGCAGAGGACUACCUCAAUGAACUAUUGAAUAGAAGCAUGAUUCAAGCAGCAGAGACAACAUCUGAUGGAAGGGUGAAAAACUUUCGUGUCCACGACCUUUUCCGAGAGAUUAUCACCUCUAAGAUAAGAGAUCAGAACUUUGCCACAAUAGCUAAAGACCAAAACAUGCCAUGGCCAGAUAAAAUUCGACGCCUUUCAAUGCAUAACUCACUGCAAUACGUACAGAAAAACAGGUGUGCUUCUCAACUACGUUCUCUGUUUAUGUUCAGACUUGCCGAGAAGCCAUUACUACAAACACUUUUUCCUGGAGGUUUUAGGCUUCUUAAUGUGUUAGAUUUGCAAAGUGCACCUCUAAGUGUUUUUCCCAUAGAAGUUUUCAACCUUUUCUUUUUGAAGUAUCUGAGCUUGAAAGAUACCAGGGUGAAAACCAUUCCAAGUUUUAUAGGGAAGCUUCAGAACCUGGAGACUUUAGAUCUGAAGCAUUCUCUGGUUACUGAACUCCCAGCUGAAAUCCUGAAGCUCAAACAUCUACGUCAUCUGCUGGUAUAUCGUUAUGAAUUUGUACCUUAUGGAGAUUUUCACUCAAAAUAUGGCUUUAAGGUCCUUGCAAAAAUAGGGGCUUUAACUUCCCUUCAAAAACUUUGUUUCAUCAAGGCAAACCAAGAUGGUGGUGCCAUAUUAAAAGAGCUGGGGAAACUAGUUCAGUUGAGAAGGUUAGGCAUUGUACAAAUGAGGAAAGAAGAUGGAAAGGUUCUUUGCUCAUCCAUUGAAAAGCUCAGCAAACUUUGUGCAUUGUCCAUAACUUCAGUAGAAGAGGAUGAAAUCAUUGAUUUGCAGCACCUUUCUUCUCCCCCUCUCCUGCUUCAGAGGCUGUACUUGCAAGGACGAUUGGAUGCAUUACCUCACUGGAUACCUUCCCUGCAUAGCCUUGUCAGGUUAUAUUUGAAGUGGAGUAGGUUAAAGGAUGAUCCACUCUUAUUCCUUCAGUAUUUGCCCAAUCUAGUACAUCUUGAGUUAUCUCAGGUGUUUGAAGGAGACACAUUGUGUUUUGGAGCUGGAGGGUUUAAGAAGCUCAAACAUUUAGGCAUCAAUGAAUUUGAUGCACUUAGAUGCAUACAGGUUGAGAUGGGAGCAAUGCCUUGUGUUGAGAAGCUAAGUAUCCAGCGUUGCAAAUCAUUGGAGAAGGUGCCCUCAGGAAUUGAACACCUGAACAAACUGAAGGUGCUUGAAUUUUUUGAGAUGCCAGAAAAAUUAAUCAAGACGCUACGUCCACAAGAAGAAGGCAAUGACUAUUGGAAAGUUGCACAUAUUCCAGAAGUUUAUUUCACCUACUGGAGAGAGUGUGGGUGGGAGGUGUACCCUUUAGAGGGUUUGAAUGAGGGAGAAAACUUCCUCCAAACCAGUUCUGUCAUGAAGAACCAUGAACUUGAAACUCGUUGGAAGUAGUAGUCUUAAUGGACUUGAGUUUCACGUCUGGUGCUGUAUAUUGUAAAUAGCUGUAAAUGCUCGUGUAAUUAAUUGUAAAUAGUAAAAUACUCACACUUGGUUCAUGUAUUCUGUAAUGCUAGGGGUAUCAUAGUAAUUUCAAUUUGUACAUUUUCCAGUUAUUAUUUUGAUGCCUAUAAUUCAUGUAUAGAACUAUGCUGUAAAUCUGUACUGCUCAGAGUGUAUAAUGAUAUUUUUCCCUGCAAUAUGUGAAUUUUCUAGUGUCAUUGAAUAUCA